AUGAUAACAGACUACGAUGAAUCUUAAGUUUUAAUUGAAAUAACACCUACGACACUAUUUAAAGAAGCAUUUAGUGAAUACGAUGCGUUUAUAAGAUUGAAGAAAUUAGGAUAGGCAAUUGAAAAAAUUACAGAUAUUCUGCCUUUUGAAAAUAAACUUGAAUUGAUUCUUAGAGAAAAAGAGCUAAUAAGAUUUUUAUUUUAUACUAGAAUUAUAAUUCCUGACCAAAUGGAGAUGCUGUUAGAUUCUUUAUAUAACAAAUUUGGAUAAAAUGCUUAAUUUUUAGAAAAUUGUUGGGGAAGUUUAGAGUAUUUCGCAGAAUUACCUACCACGAAUAUUGAAGAUUCAAAGAAGAGAAUAGAUUUAUCGUAAUACGAAUCUAAAGUUCUCUCUAUAAAAAUACUUGACACUCAAUGUGCUUAUAUAUUCAAAAAAUGGACCUUAGAAUAUGCUUUAUUAAUAUUUGAAACAAUUAUUAAAGAUGCCAUCUUCUUAAAUAGAAAUGAUCCUCUUAUUCUUUUUAUGCAUUUGAUAUAAAACUCAGAAGAUUAAGAAAUAUUAUAAAAUACUUGCUUAGCACUUGAAUAAAUUAAGAGUAAGUACCCAUUUCUGUGGCAUCACAAAGAGGUAGAUGAAAGAAUUUAAGAAAUAUUUAUGGAGAAAAGCUCUAAGUAUUGUAAAAUACCUGAGGUUAAGAGGAUUGAUGUUGAAAUAGAAGUAAGGAAAGAUGUCAAAGAAUUUUUAGAUUAAAAAAAAUAUACUAGGAAUAGCUCAAAAAAAUAAACUGGUAUGCCACUCGUGCUUUUAGAAAAAUCUGGAGUGAAUAAAUUUCUUAACUAAGAUAGCGAUGACGAAGCAGGAGAUGGAAAACUUUAGAGAUCUUCAAGCAUAUCAGAUUUAGUUAGUUAAUUUCCAAGAUAACUUGAGUAUUGGCUAUAUGAAGGAAAUUCAGAUAAAUUGAUGAUAUAAAAGAAUGAUUUUAUCAUGGAAUCACUAAGAAUGUAUGAAAAUGUGUAAAUACUCCUCUCGUUUAUUUUAGAGCCAAAACAAUACCAAGUUUCAAGAAAAUGGGCUAAAAGUAUUGCUAAUCUGCAUUAUCAUAUUGAUCACCCUAUUUUCUAUACACCAACUUUCAGAUAAGAUUUAAAGGAGCUAUAUGAUGGGAAACCAAAAAUUUAUAAUAGCUAUUUCUAUAGGAGCUAUAGAACUGUUUAACUGAUUAAAAAUAUAAAUAAUUAUAAAUUUUUGAUGAGUGGAGCUAUUAACAUCAUAGAAAUAUUUUUUUCUGAAUUAUAUUGCUUAUUUUAAAACAAUUAAUAAAAUAUUUCAGCUAAUAUGGAACAUAUAGGGAACUUGAUGAACUUCUUUUUAAUACAAAAUAAUGAAACAACUUUGAAGAUGAUCAUAGAAUAUAAUAUUUUAUUUAAUAUAAUUCCAUAUGUAGAUAUACCUAGCAUUAAUAAUUUUCUUUAGAAAAUCUUUUGUGUGAAUUUCGUAAGUAAGUCUGAUGUAAGUAUCGAAACGUACGAGAAGUUUUGGUUAUAUGCAAAAUAUACUUAAUUCUUUGAAGAGCUAUCAAAAAUGAUGUUAUAUUGUGAUUAAAGCAAAUUAAAUAUGUUUAAAUGUGAAAACAUGUAUAAGUCGUAAGAGUUGUAUGACCUUUAAAAAUCAAUAAAUAAAGUAGAUGUUAACAAAGUUAAUUUUACCUUUAACAAGUAUGUCCCUUACUGGCCUGAAGAUGAUCAUAUGUUUAGAGUAGACAUUGACAAAAUUAGGGUUUACAAAACUAGAUAAAUAAGUUGUAAAUUAAAAAAAGCCAUCGAUUCCUAGAAAAAAGGUUCUGAAAAAUUUGGCUCACUAGUGCUAUAAGAUAUCCUACCUUCAUUAAGAAAAGGUUCUAUUAAAGCCAAAAAUGAAGAAACCAAAGAAGUACCUUUUAACAAAUAGAUAGAUUUUAAGCAUCGUAAUAGUGAUCAUGAGAAAUUUAUUCAAAUUAACACAGAGAUAAAUUCAAUGAAAUAAGCUAAUCAAGAUUAAAAUUCUAGAAUUUCUUUCAUGGAAAGAAUAAAUUUAUUAAAAAAUAAUGUAAAUGAGCUUCCUUAAAUCUAAGUAAAUAAAAGUAAUAAUAAAUUAAACUAAGUCUAGAGUAAAAUUUUAUUAGCAUAGAAGUAAGAAUAGCCAAAAUAAAUUCAAGAAAAUUUAAGAAUUCCAAUCUCUUAAAUAUAAGAUUCAGAUACACCUUAUAAUGGAUAAAAAACGAAAUCUCAAGUAUCUAUACCAUAUAAGAAAAGUUACCCAAUAAGUCCUAUAUCUGUUAAGAAUAGUCAAAAUUACUUAAGUAGUGAUAUGACAAACCUAAAAGAAAUAAUCAAUUAAAGAUUGGCAUCUAGUGAUAUUAGAACAAGGUUCAUGACAUCAGAUAAACUUGAAUAAAAUAAAUAAAUAACUAAUGGUAGAUAUGGUGCAUCCCCAUUUAACAAAAAUAAUCAAACAAUCUAAAAAUCGAGCAACUAAAUUUACAAUGGAAAAGUACUUUUAACUAGUAAUGAUCAAGGGAAUAAAAAGGAAGUAUUAUAGAGAAUAAAUUUCCUUUAUCCUAUGAGUUUAAACUAAAUAGAUUAUUCUGAGAUUGAAGCAGAAGCAAAAAAUUUUAAUACUAAAGAUGUUUAAGCAAAUGAUAGAUAUAGCGAAUCUAUAAUAUGUCUAUUCUUUGAAAUAUAUAAAAACAUUAUUGAAUAAGAAAAACAAGAUGCUUUCUAUAGCCUAUUAAAGGUUGUUAGAAUUGAUUACUCUAAUUUAAUUUAAGCAUCGUUAUCUGAUAAAAUAUUCUUAGAUAUUUGCUAAAAUUAUUUUUACAAAAUAAAGCUGUCAUAAUCAAAUAUAACCAACAGUGCACAUACAUCUCUAAAAUUGAUAAACUACUUAUUAUCCAAUGUUGAAUACCUACCUAAUGAAGAGUAUAAAUUUAGUAUGAUAAAUAUUAUGGAAAACUAUUUUAAUUUAUAACUAAAAAUAAUUAUGAACUCAUAUGCUUGGACUUGUAAAUGGUAAUAAAACUAAAUAAGAAUUGGAAGUAUAGAUAUAAACUGCAUCAACAUAUUCAAGAUAGACAUUAUUAAAAACCUAAGAUUAUUUCUUGAUCUUGUUAGUCCUGAUAAAAGAAAGAAAUUCGUUUAAUAGAUUUAUGAAUCUACCUGGAGUGCUAUUUUAUAAUUAUGCUUUGAGAACAGAUUUAACUGUCCUAUUUAAAAAGAAGUUUUUGAAAUAAUUAAAUAUGGGAACUUCUGCUUAAGCUCUUAGGGGAUGAUUAAUUUAUGGGUUAAACUGAAUGUCUUUGAUUUUUUUAAUUAGUAAUUAGAGGUUAUUUUGCUAAACAACAAAUUUAAUCCUGCAUUUGGUUUACAUAAUUUUUUCAUUUUUAUAAAAUAAGUUGUAAACUAGCUAAAUGAAAUGACUGCUAUAAGGCAAUAAGAUCUUUAACAAUUUUUGAAUUGUAUUAAAAAUUUGAGUUCAUGGAAUUUACUGAGAGGGACUAUUUUAAAUAUUAAAAGUCCUUAUUAAGAUCAUCUAAGUAUUGAUAUAAACACACUUGAUAAAAGAAAAAGUAAUCAUUUCUCUCUUGUAUAAUAACCAGAUAUGUAUAAAUUAUAGCUUCAUACAAAUAGAAGUAAUUAAACUAGCCAUUCAAAUUAAAGAACAAUAGUAGCAUAAACUCCAAAUAAAGAGGAAAAAUUAAAAUUGCAGAGAGAAUAGACUCCUAUAAAAUUUUAUAAUUCUGGAGCAUCAACUGCUUCUAAUUCUGUUUUAAUAAACAAUAAUGUAUCUGUCUCUGCUUAGCAUUUAAAUAAAGAAUUAUAUUCUGGUUCAUAAACAUCUUCUGCUUCACUGAAUAAAUUUGGAAAACAUAUUUUAUACUAAGGAAAUAAUAAGAUUAAAAGUAUGUCAAAUUUAGACAAAGAUGCUAUUGGCUAAAAUAAUUCUUCAAUGAGUUAGUUUAAUCUAAGUCAAAAUACAAGCACUAUUUAGCAAUAAUAAGCAGAAUUAUAAACAAGUUUUAUUAAUACAAAGACUAGUUUAAAAACUGAUACAAAAUCAAGCAACUUAAUUGUAAAAAAUAGCUCAAUAGGAAAUUCUUAGUUGCUAAAAUUUAAAAUUGUUUAAAAUAAAUAUAAUGAAUAAUAAAAUUUGCAUGACUUAAGAAUGUAAAAUUAGAAGAAUUAAAAAUAAUAUUUUAAUAAUGAUAAUAGAUCAAGAAGUGAAAAUAAGCUGCUUUGA